CUGGGUGUUUGCACUUUUUUUUUGACGGGUUUCCAGUGUCGGGAUAACAUGCAAAAUAUCACCCCACGACCACAGACAGGGCUGUCAUCCUCGUAGACAAGCCUUUAUUUAAACGAGCAGCUGUCACACACAAAAAAGCAACAAACUGACGAGGGGUCUUCUUGACACCGACGCCGUUAGAGCCACGGGACUUUGCGUGCGAAGUUUGCACAGGAGAGAUCGGGACCAAGCCGGAGAUAUCUCGACCACAUCCACGGCAUUCUCGCUUCAAGGAGGGAGGUCUGCGAUCAUGCUGUCGCUGGACGAGCCUCUGGACCUGAAGCUUCCUCGGAGGGCCAAUGGGAAGGACAGAGGGGCGCGCAAUCCUCCUCUCUCACCGCUGCACCCCAAACAUGCUCGCCAGCUCCACAUGGCCGAUGAUGGGACAGCAGUCAUAGAGCCUGCCUCACCAGCAUCUCCACACACAGGUGUGCAGGUGGUCCCUCAUGAUCGAACAGACACUCCCACCCCCCCUGCAGUGGACCUGAGCAUGUCUCCAUCCUCCCGCCACACCCCAAGCUCUCCAGAAAUGACCAACGGAAACUACAUCCCUUCAAGCAAUUCUCAUAUCUCACAGGCCUUCCAGUUCUUUGUGCCAAUAGGACAUGGGACAGGACUUCACCUUCCAUCGUCUAUGUUCAUUGGCCAGACUAGUGACAAGAGAUCCUCUCCAGAUCUUUCAGCAGAUGAACAGCUGGCCUGUCGUUGGAAGAAGUGCCAUCUGCUGUUUGACUCCCUGCAAGACCUGGUGGACCACGUUAACGACUUCCACGUCAAACCUGAGAAGGAUUCUGGGUACUGCUGCCACUGGGAGGGCUGUGCUCGCAAAGGGAGAGGGUUUAAUGCUAGGUACAAAAUGCUCAUCCACAUUCGGACUCACACUAAUGAGAAACCCCAUCGCUGUCCCACCUGCAACAAGAGCUUCUCGCGCCUGGAGAAUCUCAAGAUACACAACCGCUCACACACAGGUGAAAAGCCCUACAUUUGUCCGUAUGAGGGUUGCAACAAGCGCUACUCCAACUCCAGCGACCGCUUCAAACACACACGCACGCACUAUGUGGACAAGCCCUACUACUGCAAGAUGGUGGGCUGCUUGAAGCGCUACACAGACCCCAGCUCUCUCCGCAAGCACAUCAAAGCCCACGGCCACUUUGUGACUCAGGAGCAGGGCUCCUCGGGUGGAGUGGGCUCCCUGUUGAAGGGAAGUCAGAGCGGGGGGCUUACUAGUGGUGGUGGGAAAGAUUCAGAGUUGUCCUAUGUGAGCGGAGCCCACAUUAUAAUCCCAGGGGCAGCGGCUGCUCUCCUGGGAGGCCAUGCUCUGCAGGGCCUCGGCGGAAGCCUGCCCCUGUCCCCUCUCAGUUCUCGGCCCCUGGACCUCAGCACACUGGGCUGUGCCAACUCCCCUCCUGGCAGCUUGGGAGGAACAUCCAUCCUCUCUUUCAACGGCUCCCCGCUGGGUCUCACAAAGUCCCAUCUUCUCUCCCCCGCGUUUCCCUCCUCGGCCCUGGGCCUGCCGAUGGUGCCGGUUCUAGGGCCUGCAUCCGAGUGCGGGGCCCAGAACCACCAUGCAAAGAAGGGCAAAGGAGACGAGGCAGAGAAUCAGGUGACUGGGGGGGCCCUGAACCUCUCCACAGGAGGGUCUCAUGAUCCUUUGUCCUGGGUGGUCAUCCCCCCAGGCACUGUGGUGCUCAAGCCAGCUGUGGUCAACUGAUACACACCCACACCCACACACACACAUUUUACUAACACACAUUCCAGAAGAGCUCAGGGGGUCGGGAUGGGAGGGUCAAUGCCAUAGUGAGGGUCUGGGCAGUCAAAGGUGAUAGGGAUUGGCUUGCACAAUCAAAUCCAGGCAAUGCAUUGGGAUAGAGACACUUAAAGAAUAAAAGCAUACUUAUCAAAUCGGCAAUCAGCAAAAACAAGUGAAAACACUACACCUCACAAGAAUGAGCUUGCAACGGAAGCCUAUCACAUUGUUGGCAAAAAACUAAACUUGAGGCCCAAAUGCUCUGUUCAGGAAACUUGUAUGGCUAUGUACUUUUAAGGCCUUACAACAGGCUCCUCUUUCCUCUCCUAUUUUAUACUCUACUCAUUCCUGUUUGCUGUUUCUAUGGACAAGGACCAUUAACGUGACAGUCUUAGUGCUCUGUGUUCUUACAAAAGUCCUCCUUCAUUGACAAGUAUUUAUAAGACUGUACUUUGACAGUGUGCCUCCAGCUUCGCAGUGAGAUACACACACACACACACAAACACACACACAACAUAAGUGACGCGCUCACGUUUAGGCAAAUAGGGGGAUUCUCAAAUCACUUUAAAGUUUUGACCUAUUUCUCGCAGGGUGCUGUGAUUAAUAUGAUCCAGACAAGCUUGCCAAACCAAAGCAAGUGAACUCAAAUGUAUAUGUGUGGGGGGACGAGACCAUUAAACACAGCGUAUAAUAGCGUCAACUGGCUAUAGUAUCGAAACCUCAAAACUGCUGCUAACUAUUGACAAUCUGUCCCCAGUUUGGGGAGAGGGUGACCAACACAGACCAGCCUAGUCCACCAGAAUGUGUACGAGGUGUGCAGACUAGGGGCUUUUAGGGGCACAGAGCGAACUGAGGACAUAACAUAGACAAAUGGUGUUACAUCACCUGGCAAACACCAAUUGUUUUUCAAGUGAGAUUUAAGGCACUGUGGUGUAGCCGACACCCGCCCCCCCUCCUCCUGGUAGGACGUGACACACACGACAUCCUGCUUGCCUUUUACAGAACUAGCACUGUUUUUUCUCGUGGAUUGUCCAGCUGCUUUCCCGUAAUUGAAUCAACACGGCCAGUUUGCGUAUGAAAGGGCCACUGUGGCGAUAAACACUACUGUCUUGUAUUUUUUUUUUUUUUUUUAAGUAACCCGACCCAAAACCAGCUGUGAAAAACAGGUGGUCGUCCAGUCGAGGUCCAACCCGGAGCCGUCGGUCGAAUAUUUGUCCCGAGUUCAACAAGUUUUCACGCUGUGCCAAAAGUACCUGGAAAACUGCAAGCGGGAUGUUCGCAUUGUGCCACAGAGGAGGGGUGGAGGUGUGUUUGGGGGGGGCUGGGGGAGUGUUAUGCACUCAGUGCCACAUACAGCUGGACUGACUAUGAAGCCACACUAUUGCAAACUGCCUCAAUUUAAUCUGUCCAAAGGGGCAAAAAUGGACAAAACAAAACAACAACAAAAACAGACUCAUUUAACUUCUGGGAAACUUCUUCUCAUGGUUCGAUAAAGCUGUCGACAUGCACUUAUCACAAACUAUAUCCCUUGUGUGUUCUUAUGAAAUGUUACACGGUUCUUUGAUCAGUUGUUUUGCUCUCAGUUCGGGUUUUUUCCUGCUGUGGGUUCCAGACGCCUGUCGCUCAGUAAUUGUCCGUGACACUGACUUUGAUUGCUGUGUGCACAGAAGAGAGAGGUCGAGGAGCGGGAGAGGAGGAUCAUAACACAAGGAACAUUCCCUCAAGAGACUGGCGUAAACCCCAGCCCUCCUCUCUCUUCACUCCUCCAUCUCUCCCCUCUCCUUCCGCUUCAUUGGCUGUCUUUUUUUUUUUUUCAUCACUUUAUCCAAGGGGGCGAUACAUUCAGUUAUUGUGUGUUUUUUCUCUCUCUCUCUCUCUCUUUUUUUUUGCUGUUGUUCAGACGAGACAUUUUUUCUAAUGUUGAAGAUGCUUCUUGUGUUCUGUCAUGGCUGCUCUGCAAAUCAGCUUUCUGCUGUCGAGGAUGAGUCUUUCGAGAGGUCGAAGAGUCGAAGAGAGGGAGAGCUUUGGUUGGUUUUCCAGCAGCAGUGGUGCCCAAUCUGACAUCUGGGAGACAAAAGGGAUAUUAUUAUAAAUCUGAAGGGUCAGAUAAUAAUUUUUAAAAACUUUAAAAAUGCUUCAGCAGAUCAGUGGAUGACACUAAGUCUGUUAGCCAGCCCGUUAUUUUGCCAUUAAACCUAUAUGUGAAUAAUCUUUAAUCUUUCUAGAAUAAUGAAUCCAGUGUGAUUCUUUUGCCCCUCAGGAUCAUUUUAAUAAUUCAAGUGAUCUCUAUCAUCUAGUGUUGUCAUCCACCCAUCCAUCCUCUUCAGGAUUAGUUGGGGUGCUGGCGCUUAUCCCAGCUUUUACUGGGCAAAAGGACAGCUCACCAGUCUGUCACAGGGCUAACAGAGAGACAGACCACUGUUCACACCUAUGGCCAAUUUUUUCCAUUGUAGUAUGUUAUCAUGUACUUUAACACACUGCCUUUCCCGAGCGUAACCUCACAGAGAGAGUUAAGUCCUGAGUGUGGCUUCCUAUACAGUGCCACAAACUCCUUAACUCCUUCCCCCUUGGAUGCCUUUCCUGGGUAACCUUAAAAUGAAACAGUUUGUUUAAGGCAGGGUAUCAGUGUUUGGGGGAUCUGCUGAACAUAUAUUAAGACUAAGACCAUACACUGUGCAAAAAGGCAAGGUGGCAGACACAGUGAUCUGUAAUCUGUUCGGUAGGUUUAGGUUCAAAUGAAUGUCCUUGAAAAUGUGGAUUUUCUAUCAACAGACGUGCGCAAUGUUCACGCAGAACAAACAAGAGGCAGCACUUACAAAACUUUACAGAUUCUACCGAAACCUGGAAACCCUGAUUUCGAGGCCAUAACUGCAGAUUUGAUCCCUUUUGUCUUAAGCCAAAAGGUUGGAACCACUGCUUUAGGAGGGACAUGUGGUUUAAUCUGAGCAUCCGGUAGACCAAAUGACAGUGCAUUCCUCCAAGACAAACACAUCGGUGUGUGACACUGAGGGAGUGUGAGCAUAAAAGAUGUCUUUAUUGAGAGAGUAUCCGAAACAACAAAAAAACAACAAAAAGGAAAACAUCUGUGAAAUGUUGGGCAGCACUGAGAGAGCGUGAGAGCAAAGAGAAAGGCUUGGCUGAAUGAAUAAAUGAAUGGACAAGGGACGGGGAGAGAUGAGAGCAGAGGCUGUAUGCCAGUGGAGGAUGGCUGUGCAGCGCAGCCACUCUCCAUCUGGCCACCUACCCCGGCAAACGGCCCUCUCAGCUCUGAAGUCGCUGUGCUGUGCUGUGCCCAAUGUGGCAGCCACUCAGAGGCAUACCAGCCUGCAGAAAACUAGGCCACUGAACUCUAGCUGCCCUCUGGGUUUUUUUCUUUCUUUUUUUUUUUAUAGAUUAAACCCACAGGCUCAACUCCCCCACCUCCCGGCCACAAAGCUUUUUUUUUUUUUUUUUGACAGGGAUAGUAAAAGGCCACUUUCACAGCAAACAAAACAAGUAUAAACCCCCGUGCGUGAGUUUGUGCUGCCCACAGAUCCACCAGGAUUCACAGCCUACCUGUGUUUCUGCCUCAGUAAUUUUGUUAGUCAUUAUUAUCUCAGAGACCCCCCCCCCAAUCACCAAACACACACACACACACACACACACACCAUUGGCCUGUCUCUGGAGUCUGGGUGGGUAUUGAAUUGAAAAGAAUUUCUUGCUCUUUGAGUGGACAAUCCUGGCGUGUGAUGUCACCAAAACAGGUGUUAAGUAGGCUAGACACGGUUUCCAUGGCAACAGUGAAACCCACAGAUGCUGCGGCUCUCCUCUUCCUCCUCCACCUCCCCUGUCUGUCUCUUCCUCUUGCUGGUCGAAGCCAGGGACAGAGACUCGGCGUGGCCGCAGAAAUCUGAACGAUACUGACACGGAUCCUUCCAGGGUCCACACAUCUUUAAUAUUAAAUAAGCUGUACGAUCCAUUAACCCUUUGAGCUCAGCCUGUAAUAAACCGCCCCCCUCCCCCCUUUAUAGCGAGUGUAGAUAAGGUGAUGCUGUCACGUCUUUUCUCAGCGUAGUGCGUUAUUCGUCAGUUGUUUUUGGGAACAAAGUCAUUGUAAAAAGUCAUUCGGAGUCGCUAAAAUGUCUGAAUUCUAAAGUCUUAUUUUUCAUAUAGCAUAAAAAGAAAAAGUGGUACGCGCUCCUGCAGAUUUUAACACUUCACGUUGAGACACGUGGAGCUGAAAUCCAGGGCAAAAAGCUGUCAGCGAGUCGGGUCAGGGUAAAAGGGGCGCCGCUGACCGAAAACGCUACAGCGUUGCACAAAGGGUUAAUGAUAAGACUAAGGCCACGCAAGGCCUGUUCCAAGUUCUGUUUUUUUGCACAUUUGUGAGAUAUUAUGUCAGUAUUUUAAUUUUUCCAAGUGCCUUUUUAUUAUUAUAGGUAAAUAUAGAAGUUAUACACUAUGAAAAAGAAAAUGAUUAUAUGAAAAUAUAUUUUUUUUUCCUGGCAUCAUGUUCUAUGGUCGAACAUGCAGAAUUUUAGAGUUGUAAAAGUCUCCAAUUGGUACAACAUAGCGGCGUUCUCCUGUUUUAGAGGAAUUUUAUUACGAUAUUGAUAAUAAUGUCAAUGAAAACAAAAAUGUUUAAUAAAGCUGCAUUUGAUA